AGCUGGGAGGAGAGUUGAAUUAAUUAAUUAAAAAUGUUGUGAAACAGCUGCUGUCUGAAUACUUUUUGGGUUUAUAUAGAGAGGCGUGCAGGGGGGUCCUGGAGGAGUGGACAGCACAAGCUUCUUUAACUUCUCUCUGUCCGGUCACAGGGCUCACACUCAGCUUCACAAGCACGGAGAAGUAAGCAAACUGUGCUCAUCUGAUUACAUAAUGACCCAGUAACAGUUAGCCAGAACCGGUACUGCCAGUACCAGUGUGCUGAGAGACACUGACUGACCGCUGGUCAAUCCUCAACAAGGCCUCUUAUUUUUGAUUUCAUACUUUUUCCUAAGAGUUUUUUUUCUUUUAUAUAUAUAUAGGGAUGGCAACGACGUAGAGGGAGACUGCAAAAGAAAAACAAUGUGAUGUCAAAGUCAGAGGUGAUGUAAAACAUGCUUGAGCUGUCAACAAGUGCGCGUCGUUCUAAACCGUGAACUUUCUCCUCUUUUUUUCCAAUUUUUUUCCCCUCUCCAAGACCGAUUGUAUGCUCUCUGUCUUCUUCACAUGUCUGCUGGACAGUGAAAUUAUUCAAAUCUUCAAGUUUCAGAGCUGAGGUCCGAGUGAACUUCCAUUACAAGACAACAAAAAGCGCCCGCCAUGACCUCAGCCACUUCACCCUCCUCUGAAGGCUCCUCGCCUCAGAAAGUAUGCCAUUCCCAGACGCAGACUGACAUCACCAAGCCUCUGUUGGGUUCCCCAGCGGGGACUGGAGGUGCUGGUGCAGGUGGAGGAGGAGCACUAGUUGGAGGCCCCAAUGCUCUGCGAAGGAGGCGGCGCGUCCUCUCCAAAGACGGACGAAGCAAUGUGCGCAUCGAGCACAUUAGUGGGCGAGGGGCUCUCUACCUCCGCGACCUCUGGACCACUUUCCUUGACAUGCAAUGGCGCUACAAGUUCUUCCUCUUCUCUGCCACCUUUGCUGGGACCUGGUUUGUGUUCGGCGUGUUUUGGUACCUGGUGGCAUUGGUUCAUGGAGAUCUACUGGAGUUUGACCCCCCCUCCAACCAUACUCCAUGUGUAAUGGAGGUGAAGACCCUGACGGGAGCCUUUCUCUUCUCUCUGGAGUCUCAGACCACAAUUGGCUAUGGUUUCCGGUGCAUCACCGAGGAGUGCCCUGCCGCCAUUAUCCUGCUUAUCUUUCAGCUGGUCAUCACCAUGGUGAUGGAGAUUUUCAUCACCGGCACUUUCCUUGCAAAGGUCGCUCGUCCCAAGAAGAGAGGCGAGACAGUGAAGUUUAGUCAACAUGCUGUUGUGGCAAAUCACGAGGGCCGGCCCUGCCUCAUGAUCCGAGUGGCCAACAUGCGUAAAAGCCUGCUGUUAGGAUGCCAGGUGACGGGGAAGUUGCUUCAGACGUCCCUGACAAAGGAGGGCGAGACUGUGAGGCUGGACCAGCGAAAUGUGCCUUUCCAGGUGGACACGUCGAGCGACAGCCCCUUCCUCAUUAUCCCCCUGACCUUCUACCACAUCAUUGAUGACAACAGCCCCCUCAGGCCCUGGGCAGUAAAGGGUGGUGGUUGGACAGACCCGGAGCUAGCUGACUUUGAGCUGCUGGUGAUAAUGAGCGCCACGGUGGAGCCGACCUCUGCUACCUGUCAGGUUCGAACAUCCUACCUUCCGGACGAGAUCCUCUGGGGCUACGAGUUCCCCCCCGUUGUCUCCCUUUCUCCCUCAGGGAAAUAUGUAGCCGAUUUCGCCUUCUUCGACAAGGUGGCCAAAACCAAAACCCCGCCGGCCUUUAAGCAGGCCCCGCCACCGAGCCCACCAUCACAGGCAUCUCGUCGCAAUGGCAGCAAGGAGGCCGGGUCGGACCCAGAGAAGAUGCGACUGGAAGAGAACCACAGGGGGGAACAGAAGGGGCGAGAAAGGAGGCCCAUCAGAGAUAGCAGCCCACAUAGUGUGCGUAUUAGUAAUGUAUGAGGGAAGAGAGAGACAGGAAGUGGUAUCGGAAAGUUGAUUUGAAACUGAGAUAAGGUUAAGGCAGGAAGAAAAGAAACAAGCUGCUCACAUUGUCAGAUUGAAACAUCUCCCACAAAACACUCUGCCUACGCAUGUGAGACAAAAUGAGACAAAAUGAAAACAACUUCAACCAUAAGUCUGAAGAUGUCUGGGUCUGCAACCACCUUCAAAGGAAGAAAGUUACCAACCCAACAUGUUCAAAUGAACAGCACAACACCAAGUCAUCCAUAUUGACAUUUACUACUCUUACAUUCAUUUUUCUUUUUUUGUUGAAAGGACUUGAUUUGCUGCAACUGGAGGAUGCUUUAAACACGGCAAAAUCCUUCAUCUUAUCAAGUCAUUUCUGUUGAUGAUGUAGCACUGGGCACAACUUUGGGUUCAACACUGCUAACAUUAGGUUGAGAAUUUUUUUCCUGUCAAAGACUUCAUUUCUGCAUUUUGGGGAAUUUUAUUGCAAACAAUUGUAAUUUUACUGUAUGCCUUUUCUGCAUUAAUUUGUGGUGUAAAUGCCUUUAUUUAUAUAAAGGAAAUGUUGAUUCCAGUAGAAAUCUACUUCCAGAAUAGUCUAGACGAUGAAGGAGUAUCUCUUCCUUGGACCAAGAACAAAAAGACCAUUUCCCUAUUGUAAACUUACAGUAAACAUUCUAAAUUACACAAGUUGAUUUCCUGUUGCAGCGUAUGUAUUUGAGAUCAUAGGGCAGGAAGUUAACAGCUGUUGCCUAGCAAUUGAAUUCAAUUGAAAAGGCAAUUCUAUUUCUGUUAUAAGAAAUGAAGAACUCAACUACAGAUAAAUUGACUAUAUUAGAAGAAUUUUGCAAGGUAGAUGAACGUGUGAUACGGUUGUUAAUCACUGAAUCACAGUACUGUUUCCCUUUUUCAUUUAUUUAACAAAAUGUCUGCAACAGGUGGC